AUGCGCGUCGCCGUGGGCCGCACGCGGGAAGAUCGCCUCGCCCGGCUCCGCGCCACCGAGACGCAGAAAUGGAUCGCCGAGCAGGCCGCCGGCGCCGAAAAGGCCAAGAACGAAAAGGCGGCGAACUCGAAGGAGCAGCGGCGCCAGGCGACGACGACGAUCCAAGCGGGGCUUCGCGGCUUUCGCGGGCGCUACGAGACGAGAUUUCUUAGGAAGCAGAUCUGGGCGGGAUUAUUGGCACAACGAUUGUACAGAGGCUACCUCGGGCGACAAGCGGCCAAGUACAAAAGAUGGCAGAAGGCUUCAGUGGUCAAGUCCAUGCCCGCUUUGGAACGACUACAAGAGCGGUCGGAGGUCACCCAUUCGCAAGGCGGGUGGGUCGAGUACUACGACCCGGAGACGCGGGCUCUGUGGUACCUCGAGACCGAUACGUAUAGGAGUACCUGGGGCCGGCCCGAAGACCUAGAUUUUGGUCUUAGGAGGAGGGAGCGCAUCUACGACGCGCAACGGAAACGAGAACGGGAUGAAUUAUUAGUCGGACCGCCCGAGGCGACGUGGCACAAGGGCUUUUAUCUGUCAAGGAAGAAAGAAGAGGAGGAAGAAGAUAAAGGCAUCGUGAUCACGGAGAGCGGGUUGGUGCUGGAGAUUUCCGAUGACGACGACAUCAGCGAGUUUUCCUCGGACGAAGAUCUGGACGAUGAAACGACAGUAAAGAGGAGGACGGCGAAGAUGGCGGCCAAGGCGAAGAGUUCCGGAGGCGACGGCCCCGACGGUCCCACGGACAUUCCGGAGGACCAGAUGGGCAAGGAUGUGGGAGGCAAACAAAAAAAAGCGAAGGAGUUCGCGUCGCCCGAAGCUCGUCGAUUAGCCAAGGCCCUCGAGAAGGAGGAAAAGCGCGUCAAGAAGCUGCGGGGCGACAUGGGGAUUAGUAGAGAACCGGUGGGAGACAACUUGGAUGAUUUUAUUAAAAGAAUAUAUCCAAAGAGGAAGGGUUUAUCUUUGAAGCUCUUCCAGGGCGGGACGCGCGCCGAGGGGUACAUGAAAGAUGGUUUGUUUGAGGGCUUCGGGACCUGUGUCUGGCCGGCGGAUCGAGGGAGGUACACGGGCGACUGGAAGAAUGGUAAGAGGCAUGGAGAAGGGAUCUACACGAAGCCCGAUGGGACGGAGUAUGUGGGAGAGUGGAAGGAAGGGCGGAGGGACGGCUGGGGCUGCCUCUUCCAUCCCUGCGGCGAGAUGUACGAGGGCGAGUGGCGCGCGGGGCGCAUGCACGGUGUCGGAAGAUUGACGUCGCUCAACGGCGACGCCUACGAGGGGACUUUUGUGGAGAACAAGCCGGAAGGCGUGGGUCGGUUCUCGAAGAUGAAUGGCGACGCCUACUUGGGGAGAUUAGGAGGGGCAUGGCGAAUGGCCGAGGUAUACUUUCUUUCGCGACGGGCGAGGUGUACCGAGGCGAGUUCUACGAUGAUCUGAGGCACGGUAGGGGCGCAUGUAGAUAUGCGGACGGUGCGAGGUACGCAGGGAAAUGGGUCAAGGGCCACCACGAGGGGUACGGCGUCUUCGUGUCCCCGGACGGUGAGAAGUACUGCGGGGAAUGGGAGGAUUCCCAGAAAAACGGAAGAGGUAGAUAUUUCUUCAAGAACGGGGACUUUUUUGAUGGGACCUUCGUGAAAGGACUAGCGCAAGGCCACGGCGUCUACUGGUACAGAAACUGGGGCAACGCCUAUAGUGGAAACUGGGUCGACGACAAGAAAUCAGGCAAGGGCACUUAUGUCUUCGGUACUGGUUCGAGAUAUGACGGCUGGUGGCGGGAAAAUGAUAUCGACGGGAAGGGCAUUUUUCAGUACAGGCAGGGCGACUCGUAUCGGGGCGAGUUCCGGCGCAAUCGCAAACAUGGCCAGGGCAUCUACAAGUGGUCGACCGGCAAUGUCUACAAGGGCGGGUUCCGGGAAGAUCGCAUGCAGGGCGAGGGCGAGAUGGUCUAUGCGACCACAAAUCAUUAUUAUAAAGGGUGGUGGCGGGACAAUAAGAAGCAUGGUCAUGGGUUCUUCCGGUUUGUCGAUGGCAACACGUACGAGGGCGAGUAUUGCGACGACAUCCAGCACGGCAAGGGCAAAUUGACCUAUUCACCGGGCAAUAUUUUGGAGGAGAGCUACGACGGCGACUGGGUCGAAGGAAGGCGGCACGGUAUUGGGUUGUACACAUAUAAAUUCCAGGACCCCAUCGAAUCCUACGAGGGCGAAUGGUGCGAUAACCUAAGGCACGGCACGGGCAAAUUAAUAUACAAGGACGGCGGCUACUACAAGGGCGACUUCUUGCGGGAGCGGAUGACGGGCCGCGGUUUAUAUGUCUGGCCCGACGGCUCGCAGUACGAGGGCCAGUGGAAGGACAACCAGCGCCACGGCGAAGGUACCGAGUUGAGCGCAUCCGGCACGGUUUUUAGGGGCCAGUACUGGCGGAACAUGCGGCACGGGCCCGGCGAGCUGACGUACCUGAACGGGAACCGCUACGAGGGCGUCUGGGACCGGGACAAGAUCGUGGGACGGGGCAAGUACAAGCUCCUCGUCGGCACGGGCAAGGGGGGCAAGGAGGACACGGUCGGGCUGCGCGUGUUCGGGUACUAA